CGGUAAUCUUUGUUUAAACGUCAAAACGUCAUUAGUGGUAUGUCAAUUGUCAAUCAACGUGUCGUAUUCGUAAUUCCGAAUUGAAACUCCUUAAAAUUUUUGUAUGUAACAAUCUUAAAUUUCUCUUUUUUACGAGAAAAAUGCUUAUUAUAAUUAAUUUUAUAAGAGAAAACUAAUCUAUUUGAUUGACUACAAUUAUCAAUUUGAUUGAAAAUGGUUCUUUUGGGUAACGAUGAGUUUUUAGCCGAGCUAACGAAACUAUUCCAGAAGGCUCGUGUUGCAGGUUCAGUUACUAUGACUAUGAAAAGGUAUGAUGGACGUACUAAACCAACGCCGAGAGAUGGGACUCCUGCUGUUAAGAAUCCCAACUACAAGUGUUUGUUAAGAGCACAACAUAAAAGUAAAAAAAUUUCAACAGUUGUAGAACAACGUGAUGUCGAAAAAUUCACCACUGCCUAUUCUAAUUUACUGAAAACAAGCGUAAACGGACUAAAGCGCUUAAAAAAGCCUAAAAAGAAAGCAAUGGCUACUCAGUAACAGUGAAUGUGGCUGAGACAAUGUGUCAAGAGACUGAAAUAUAUUGUGCGCAAGUAGUGAAAAACUUAUGUGUAAUGUAUGUGAGUGUACCACCAUGAUGUCCUAGCGUGAAGGACGAAGUCCAUUGAACUAUGCUCUUCUCUCACAUGUGAGAUGUGAAGAGUUGGAGUCGUGCCUGCCGUUGCUAGUUAUGCACACGCAACACAAGUUUAGUCAUUUGACCAUCUGUCCAAUGCACCUAAUUUUUGUAUACAUUAAUAUUAAGUUACAUUUUCAAAUUAAAUAUGUUUCACUUUAA